UUCCUCUCAUCCUCACUCUGAAAUAGGUCAGGGGUGGAAGUUACGCCGGGUGCAGCCCCGGUUCGGAUGCAAAGGCAGCUUCCCCCAACCCUGGCUUCGGGACAGCGGCGUAACUACUCGGCUCCGUAGAGCUUCCCGCCCCACACCGCGCGGACAGCGCCGGCGACCUGGCGCUGACAAUGGUCAGCCUUGGGGAGCGGCGUGAAGCCUCCUCCCCGCCCUAGAUCCGCCGCCUCUCGGCCUCCGACAGGAACGGGGGGGCGCGACCGGUCACCUCGAGCCUGCCCUGGCACCUGCGCCUGGGUCCGACCGCCUGGUCACCCCCAGGAUCCGUAUGGGUGGAUACUUACCCGAGAUUUUGCCUGCUAAAUUCAACUGCCUAUAAUUCUUCUGGUGUGGAAGCCUUCCAGGGCCUGUGUUCCUUUCGGAGACGCACACAAGUGGUUCAUCAUGUGAAGGACCUGGAUAUUUGAUUUCAUGUCUACAAGUUUUCAUUUACGUUACACACUGAGAAAUUUAUGAGAAACAACUGUCACUCUCUGGGGGUGGAGGCUGCCACGAUCCACAAAGACAAGAGGUAAUUUCCCUGUGAUCUCAGGAUGACUCAGGAUGGAGCAUGAAGCUGCCCAGCUGGAGAAGCAGCACGUCCACCACGUGUAUGAGAGCACCGCUCCCUACUUCAGCGACCUGCAGAGCAAAGCUUGGCCUCGAGUCCGCCAGUUCCUCCAGGGACAGAAGCCAGGCAGCCUCAUCGCCGACAUAGGUUGUGGGACUGGAAAGUAUCUUAAAGUGAACAGCCAGGUGCAUAUCCUGGGCUGUGACUACUGUGAGCCCCUGGUAGAAAUUGCCCGGGAGAGAGGAUGUGAAGUCAUGGUAUGUGACAACCUUAAUCUCCCUUUUAGGGAUCAGGGCUUCGAUGCCAUCAUCUCCAUAGGAGUCAUACACCAUUUUUCUACAAAACAAAGAAGAAUCAGAGCAAUCAAAGAAAUGGCCAGAGUGUUAGUUCCCGGAGGUCAGCUGAUGAUUUACGUCUGGGCCAUGGAACAAAAGAACCGGCACUUUGAGAAGCAGGAUGUGCUUGUGCCGUGGAACAGAGCCUUCUGUGCCCAGCCCUUCUCAGAAGCCAGCCAGCUUGGGAGGAAGAAGCAGUGUGGACAUCCAGAAAGGAGCCAUCCCUACCACCCUUCUUGCUCUGAGUGCAGCUGUUCUGUUUGUUUUAAAGAGCGGUGUGAUUCAAAACGGUCCCACAGCGUGGACUAUGGACCCGUUAUGGCCAGAACCUGUUUUGCAAAUAUUUCUAAGGGAGGCGAGGAAGAAUACGGAUUCUAUCGCACAUUAGGAAAAUCUUUCCGCUCCUGGUUUUUCUCAAGGUCUUUGGAUGAAUCAGCUCUGAGGAAGCAAAUCGAAAGAGCGAGACCCUUGAGAAACACAGAGGUGUGGUCCAGUCGCACCAUCACAAUCCAGCCCUCACGCCAUUCCAGCGGAGACUUGGAUCACCAAGAAGCAUUUUCAACGAAGGAGCAGAACUCGGAUGAGGAUGUGUUUGUGGAAUCUUCUGGAAAACAUUCAGAGUGGCUGAGAGCACCGGGCACUUGGAAACAUUUAGAUGGAGACCUUCUAGGAGAAAUUCAGAAAAAUGGAGGGAGGCAUGUUCUGGAUGGCAGGAAUACCACUGAGGAUGGCGUAGAUCCAGAUAACAUUGAAGGCAAGAACCCUUGUGCUGGUAGAAUACUGAGAAGACUUUCUCAGGUUGCUUCCACAGAUUCCAACCCAGAUGACACGAUUUCUGUCGAACAAAAACAGGCCGAUAUUUGGGGUUCCAGAGCCUUUAUGCGCUACUACCACGUGUUUCGAGAAGGCGAGCUCUGUGGUUUGCUUAAGGAGAAUGUUUCAGAGCUUCAUAUUCUGAGUUCUGGGAAUGAUCAUGGCAACUGGUGUAUCAUUGCUGAAAAAAAGGAAAAUUGCAAUUGAUUGUAUCAUUUUAAACAGCUCCUCCCCAAAGACGGACCGCAUUCUUUUCGCUAAGUUUGAUGUGGUUCCCUGAAAUUGCACUCUAUUUUAUUAUAUUUUAAUCCAUUUAUUUGGUGGUGUGGAGAGACCAUAGAUUAAUGGAUCAUCUCUUUUUUUAAUUUUUUAGUAAGCACAGUGCCUGGCACUGAAAAUGGUUGACAAAGGGUAUCUGUGCUUAAAGGUUAAUAUGAAAGAUCUGAAGAAGCAAUAGGAAAUAUACUUCAGUAGCACUUAAAUUUUUUUUUUUUACUCCCUGAAAGAUGAAAUUCUUAUAAGUGUAUAUGUCUGUUAUUAUAUACUGGUUUUUAAAAGAUUCUUCUGUUAAAUACGCCUUCAAAACAGUAUUUUUAUAGAAUAAGGGGGUCAUUUCUGAUUCUCAGGUUAUAAUUUAGAUCUGUGUGCAGGAUAACAAGUAUGGCACAGACGUGAGUCACUACAAAAGUUUUGAGACGGACUGUGUUAUGGUCCAUUA